AUUCACCCAGAGUCUUUCUUGCCCAUUUGAAGAUACGAUGUUGUUCAGUGAGAACCUCGAUUGCUAAUAUAGAACCGUAAUCCUGUUCUAAAAAGACGACCCAGCCUUGACGGCAUCACGUAGUUGCCCUGCAAGAGGAUAUCUAUGCACCUCCCUGAUCAGCAAUAGGAUGCGGGGCGAAAUAUCCAUCAUCUCUAGCUUAACAUCUGUGGAGUUGUUUUCUCUCCUCCCAACCACACCGCCUCCUCUUCUUCACCAACAUCAAUCACUUCUUCGUUUCAAAAACAUACUUCACCCAUGAUCCUGAGCCACCAUGGCCCCCACCGCUGUCUUCACCCAAAACGCCCCCGCGCCCAUCCCGCAGCUCAGCCAAGCCAUCAAGCACAACGGCAUGGUGUUCUGCUCCGGCUCUCUCGCCACCGAUCCCAAGACUGGAAAGUUCAUCGAGGGUUCUUUCCAAGAUCGCGUGAGACAAUGCCUCGACAACCUCAAGGAGGUCCUCCUAGCGGCGGGAAGCAGCCUAGACCAUGUCGCAAAGGUCAAUGUCUUCUUGACCGACAUGAAGAACUUCAAGGACAUGAACGAGGUUUAUGAUCAGUUUUUUACCAAAGAGCCCAAGCCGGCGCGGACUUGUGUAGCUGUUUACCAGCUGCCUUUGGGGACUGAUGUUGAGGUGGAGUGCAUUGCUGUUGAGAUGCCAAAGGCUAAGCUCUGAGAGAUGUGUACUGAAUCACACGUAUUUUCAACGAUGCGCAACUUUGUCCAACCCAGAUCUUUC